AUGAGCCAACAGGCGAGCAAGAUCCAGCGUUUAGAAGAGGCCCUGCGACAGAGAACCAGUGAGGCCCAGCGGCUCAAGGAAGAGCUCGAGCGCCUCCGAGCCACGGGCCAGCUGGGUGGCUGCGACGCAUCGUCAUCGUCGCUGUCGUCCUCGCCCCUCUACACCGCACCCGCCCUCAAGCAAGAUGCCCACCGACGGCACUCAACACCGCGGACGGCCGCCACGGCCGGCCUCACCCUGCAGACCAACGGUCAGCAACAACAAGUAAGAAAGCUCCCUCGUCCUUCAUGGACAGACCCAGACCCCUCACCUCGAGUCACACCUACCACACCUGCCGGGAAUCGCAAGAACGACUACCACCACCCCAUGAAGCGAGCCAAGACCAUCGCGCAGCCGCCGCCACGCACGACGGCCCGCACCAGCCCCUCCACCAUGAUGGCGAGGUCGAGCUCCAGCCGGUCCGCGAGGUCACAUCCCGUGUCGGCUAGUACCACCACCACCAUCCCCUUCACCGGCGCCGGCCCCAUCACCCCGCCGCUGCAGAACGGGCCCUCCCACGCACCCGAGCCGGCGGCACCCGCGGUAGUAAACCCCGUCGACUACUGGCAGCCGCCGCCCGCCGCCCGCGACUCCAUAUCGCAGGAGAUGCUCUUCAGCCAGGCCAUGCAGCAGUCGUCGCAACAACAGCAGCAGUCGCAGCAGAGCAGCCUGUCCACGCUCUCGGAGCAGCCGGGCCUCGACGGCGUGGGCAUGGACGUCACGAGCUUCCUCAUGUCGAGGGGCGAGCUCGACGACCCCUCCUCCUGCUCGUCGUCGGCACAGUUCAGCCAGCACCCGCAACAGCAACAGCAGCAGCACCUCUCGCCCUUUGAAGCGUCCAUGUACCACCACCAGUUCGCGCCCGCCACGCCGACCAUGGCCUCGACCUGCGGGUCGCUGACCGAGGCGCCCACGCUGGCGACGUCGAUGAGCCGCAACAACAGCAACAUGUACUCGGACGGCGACGUCUCGCUGUCGGGCCAGCUGCCCAUCGACAUGAUGCGCAUCCAGUCGCAGUCGUCGUCGACGCAGCAGGCCGGCGCCGGGGGCCCGGGCCAGCUCUCCCGCCAGGCCAGCUCCGGGUACGAGUACGUCUCGUCGUCCUCGCCGCUGGGCAAGCACCACCACCACCUGCAGCAGCAGCAGCAGCAGCAGCACCACCACCACCACCAGAGCAGGCGUAGCCAGAACGAGCAGGACAUCCUCGGCGUCGGGGCCAACCUGCCCAAGCCCCAGCCGCACGAGUACGCGUCGUCGGCGCCCAGCGCCGCCAUGCUGAGCCAGCAGUCGGCCAUGGAGCGCUCCGACUCGGCCGCCAGCUUCCAGUCCGACGUGUCGUCGUCGUCCAACCUGCUCCACCUGCCCGGUGGUGGUGGCGGCGCCGGCAUGGAGCGCUCCGUGUCCAACACGAGCGUCCGGUCGAACCAGUCGCUCAAGCUGCGCGCCAAGGAGGCCCUCGCGCGGCAGAACAAGAACGCCUCGCGCGCGCUGCUCAUCCAGCCCCGGCCCGCCGGCGGCAGCGGCAAGGACAGCAAGGCAAGCAACGGCAGCCGCAGCGGUAACGGCAAUGCAGGCUCCGCGGCGGCGGUGGCAGCUGCAGCAGCAGAAGCAGCAGACGCGGCGAACAAGAACGGCAAGGCCGCCAUCUCGCGGCCCAAGUACGAGCGGCCCAAGCACCCCAAGGUCAAGUGCCUGCAGUGCAACGACUACCCGGAAGGGUUCCGCGGCGAGCACGAGCUGCGGCGGCACACCGAGGCCAAGCACCGCGGCCUCGUGAAAAAGUUCGUCUGCCGGGACCCGGCGAUCGACGGCAUCGCGACGGCCGUGCAGGCCGUCAACCCGCUCGAGAAGUGCAAGCAGUGCACCCAGGGCAAGCAGUACGGCGCGUACUACAACGCCGCCGCGCACCUGCGCCGCACGCACUUCAAGGUCAAGCCGAGCCGCUCGCGGAGCGGCAACAACAACAACGGCAGUGCCAACGGCGGCGGCAGCGGCAGUAGCAAGAAGAACAGCGGCAAGGAUGAGUCGUCCUCCGCUGCCGCCGCCGCCGCUGCCGCCGCUGCGGCGGCGCAAGACGAGAAGCGCGGCGGCAAGGGCGGCGGCGACUGGCCGCCGAUGAACGAGCUCAAGAACUGGAUGAAGGAGAUCCUCGUCGACGUCGGGUCCGAGGGCGCGCUGACGGAGCAGUGCUACGACGCCGAGGACGGCGGCGACGAGAUCAUCGACGGCCUGCCCGUUGGGACCACCACGCCCGGCGAGGGCGGUGCAGAGGGCGGCUUCGACAUGAGCGCGUACGCCGGCAUGGACGCGUCCUACGGCGCCGUCGGCGUCGACCCGUCCUCCUUCGAGGACUUCAGCCACGCCGCCGUGGCGACCUAUCUCACAUGCAUGGACAACGGGUUCCCGAUCGGCUCGGCCGACUUCUGCCACAGCCUCGGCCAGGUGCAGCAGCACUACGGCGUCGGCGGUGGCAGCGGCAGCGGCGGCGGCAGCCCGCACACCGCGACGUGCUCGUCGGCCGGGACGGUCACGCAGCAGCAGCAGCACCAGCAGCACCAGCAGCUGUACGUCGCGCACGACCCGGCGCAGCAGUUCGUGACGAGCCCUGCGACGGCCGGCAUGGUGCCCAUGGGGUACGUCGGCGCCGACGAGCACCACCCGGAGCUCGACUUCUCCAUGGCGGCGGCGUUCCACCAGCCGCAGCCCAUGACGUCGCAGUGCUAG